UCUUGUAAGUGUUGAGCCAAGAAAGAAGUUGAUGCUAAUAGCGUCUUGAGCGGUACAAAGUUGCGCGAAAAUGCGACCGAUGUUGGCGGUGUGAAUUUAGUGUGAAUACCAACUUUUUUUACCUCUACAUCUGUGAUUGUGUCGUUGCUUUGGAUAUUUGUCGAAAUGCUGCAACCGAAGGGGUUGCUGCUGUCGCUGGCGAUUUUUUUGGUUUUAGCCGAAGGAUCAACAGGGCUGGACAAAAUAAAUACGACGCCUAGAAGACAACAGAAACGCGAAGAUGUAACCACUGUCUUAUUGGUGGACAAUCAUGGGCGCUCUCCAUAUGGUCGAUUCCUCAACGUAAAGCCCGAUGUAGGACUGAUAACUUCUACUGCACGGACGUUUGUACAAGAGGGUGUAACGACUGAAUACGCAACGCAAGUGGUCGGUACCACCCUAGACGAUGGCAGACUUUACGCCCAUCUACUGACUAAAACAUCCCGAGUUAUAUAUGACGGUGAUGGUAAACAGCACGAGCUGAACACCAAAAAAAUCAGUAUCCAUCAGAAUAGGUUCGGUAACGACCAUUUCAUCAGAAACACCGACUAUAUUUCCCCCAACAACGUUGAGGUGCACGCUGUUUUUGCAACUACAGAUCCUGGAUCUAACGUUUACAGUGACUCCAUUCAGAAAAAUACCCAUUCCCUAAUCAGCGAAGCUAACAAGGAAACCCUAAAAGAGGCAUCAUCUAACAACAUAAGGGUGAAAUCUCCAUCGAACGACAACCAAAAGUUGGUCUACCCAGAAAAAAUCAGAGUCUUCAAGAUAAACUCUCAGAAUAAGGAUGAAAGAGAAAACCUGAUACUGCACAGAGAAGAUGAAAACCUCAAUUACAAUCCUUCCAAAGUGAGACAAUGGGACAACCUCCCAACGUUCACAGUUCGUAAUGAAUUUUCCCCAAGCGGUUUCUCGUAUCUUGGAGAUCUCCCAGAGUUCGACUCCAAAACGGAGAAAAAUAAAUUCAGAUCUCCGAACGAUAGGAGAGCGAAGAAUCUCUUCUUGGCCGGGCUUCUGAAACCUAGUCCGAAAGUGUUGAAAACUACCACUUACACAGGGUUUGCUGACUUCACCACAACUGUUGGUGAUACUGUGAUCGUUUUCACACCACAUACUUCCGAAAUACCUAAACUCUCCCAAAAAUCAGUGACCAAAGUAACUGUGGAACCGACCAUUGCACCCACAGCAAAUGUACUACGACCUGUUUUUGAUAUCAAGAGUGUUACCCCGCUUAUUGAUACUUCAACUACUAUUCAACCAAACAUUGGAACAACUACGUUGAGUUCAACUCCAGAAGUAGACGAAGUUAGUUCUUCGCGGCCAACACCUGAGAUUGAGAAUGAUGUAGCGAUUAAAGAAUUGACAACUACCCCAGCAGCAGAGGAAAUCACUACUCCAUCGCCAACAGAAUCUGAUGAAGAAUCCAAAAGUCGUAUUUCCUCCAUGGUUGUAGACAAGAAUAACAGGCAGAAGUAUGGAAAGAGUCAGAACUUCGAGGAGUAUUUGGACAUGGAAGCUAAAUCCUCAGUUCUAGCACACGAACAACAAACUGAUACUGUUGAAUCUAGUGAAACGAUACUUUUAUCCCCAAGUGUAAUUGAACCAUCUGAGAGCCAAACACCAAUGCUUUCUACCCCAUCACAUGAAGAUAUAGCAAAAAUUUUCGCUUCCCUCCAAGCUCAAGAGAAAAAAGCAACAGAACCUUUAAAUACCGAUACUACAAUAUUUUUCGACAGCAAGGAAGACAUUCAAGAAUAUAAGCCUUCAGGGGGUGCAACCACAAUAUUCUUCAACGAUGAUUUACCCAUUCAAAAUACUGCCAGUGAAACAGCAACUUCGCCAACAAGUGAAACAGUAACAAUUCCUGAUUCCACACCAAAACAAAAUUCAGAAACAACAACAGAAAAUCAGCAAGAAAUAAUAUCUGAAAGGCCAGUUACAAUCAAUGAUGACCAAACAGAAAAAGAAGAAGCCACAACUACUGAACAGGAAAGCCAAGGUGAUGGUGAAUCAGAUGAAGAGAACUUUGUAUUGGAUGAUAGGAGACCAGUGGAUGAAGAAAGAGAGAAUUGUACAGGAGGAAGUAAAAUAUUCCCCUCAACCAUUUAUAAAACUUUAACAUAUUUGACAACCUUCUUCAUACCCGAUGCUGAGAGUACCUCAACCUCUAUCAAAUCAAAUGAAGUUGUUACUUUUGAGGUGCAAUUACAAACAACCCCAUGUUCCAAAAGUGAAAUUUCGCCAACGAAAAUAGCGAAUGAGAACAUUGACCCAUCAAUUUCUGUUACAACUACAGAACAAGAAGAAGAGACAACGGAUCCAAUAACUGAAUAUACUGAAACCACAGAACAUCAAACAACAGUGGAAGAUGAAACAGAGCCACCUACCACUACUGAAGAACUUCAGACAACUCCUCAAGAAAUCACGACAGAAAGACGUCACGUAACAGAAUCUGAACCGACAACAACGGAAGAAACAACAGAGGAGGGAGAAGAGAUAGAACUGAUCUUCAAGACCUUAUAUACUACAUAUACCUACCUUACAACAUAUUUCCAAGAGUCAACUUCAUCAGUAGCUAGUAGAGUAGUUGUUACCACCAAUGUUGUAACAUCAACCAUCGAUCCUGGUAGUCAGUCUUCAGAAGACGCAGUCUCAGGUCUGUUUGAGAGCUUUUCUGAGGUUGAUACUAGUUAUAAGUCUAGACCAGCCUCUUUCGAAGAUUUCGAGGAAAUUUCACCCUCCCAACUAGAACCUAAUCUUCCCUCGACCACAAAAGAUCCAAAAGAAGAAAAUGGAGCAACUCCUUCACUAGAAAACGAAGUUCUUGGUAUCAAAACAUACUACACGACCUACACUUACUUCACUACGAUCUUUGUCGACGAUGAAACAGAGGUUUCGAGUAGAACAGAAGUCUAUACAAACUAUGUGACUCCUUCUAUCGAGGCAACUAAAACAGAAAACGCUAUAACACCAACAAAAGUGCCUGAUGAAGAUGAUGAUGAUGAUGAAGAGGAGGAAAAUAUUGACGAAGAAAAUUACGAAGAGAAGUACGACACUACAAUAAAUAGGAAUACCACUGCAACCUCCACACCUGAAGAAGUCACGAGUUUGCAAAAUGUCCAACAAACCUUGAAAAAUGGGUAUGUCACCCUUAGGAGAACAACAACCGAAAAUGUUCCGAUAGAAGAUAACCUACUACACUCUUCCAACGAGAGUAUUUCUACCAUGGUGAAGAGUACAACAUCUAAUGGGGGCAGACGUCUGUUAAACAAUGUUGACAAAAGGAAUAUAUUAGAUGAUCAAAUCGUUUCAGAGUCAAACAAUGAAUCAGAAAUAAUUCCUUCACCAACUCUACUCCUGCAAACAAGUUAUACUACUUUCACCUAUUUCACUACAAUGUAUCAUGGUACAACAGGUAGCAAUGUAGUGAGUCGCUUAGAAACUGUCACCAAUAUUGUAACAGAAACGUUAACACCAAGUCAUACGCUCAGUAUAGACGAUUUGAGUCUGCCCAUAACAUACUUCACAACGUUCACUUAUUGGACGACCUUGUAUAAACAAGGAACUACUAAAGUAACAAGCAGAGAAGAGACAAUAUCUAAUAUAGUAACUCCAACGCCAUCCGAAACUAAAACCAUUGAGUUUACCCCAACUAUAGAGACUACACCUGCAAGCUCGUCAAUAUCUCCUAUCGAACCUACAAGUGUAGAUGAGGAUUUAUUGACAACAGUCUACACGACCUACACUUACUAUACAACAUCUUAUGUAGGUGAUGAAACUGUCAUUAAUAGCAGAUUAGAAACGGUGACCAAUUUGUUGAAUAAAACAGAAGAUAUCGAAUCGAACCAAAUAUCAAACACGUCUGAAUCUGUAACCACCCCUAGUGAUAUAGUCAAUGAAACAAGCGUUUCUUCAGAUUCUACUCUGAAACCAACGGGGCUCUUGUCAACAAUUGUUAACACCGAAGAAAAUUCUGGAACUACAACUAUUUUAUCAACUGAUGUGUUUGGUACGUACAUAGAUGGACUUUACGCAAAGAUUUUGGAAAGUACCUCGUCUAUAAUUACUGAAAGCAUAGAACCUACCACGAUGGUCGAAAAUUUGAAACCAACUGGUGUUGUGAGUAUCAACAAAGGACAGAUUGUAGACGCGGAAGGAAUAAGUACCUUGUACUACACCACCCAAGCUGUAGGUACAUACAUUGACAAUUUAUAUGCUCAGGUUAUCGAGAGCACUAGUUCUCUCGAGGUAGACGAAGAGAAGAAAAAACUCAAAACCGACAUACCUGUAGCAAAAAAGACAGGUUUGGUACGAUUGGUACAAGGCUCCAUAGUUCAAAAUAGGACAACAACUCUUUACCAAUCGAAAGUAAUUGGUACUUUUAUAGAUGGUAGAUACGCACAGGUGAUCGAAAGUACUUCCAGUUUCUUGAAAGGGGAUUAUACCCCCUCAUCCACUGAAACGAUAUCUCCAACGUCCACAAUACCACCAGAUGAGGGUAUCAAACCUACGAGUGUAACUAUCUCGCCAUCCUCCGUGGUGAUCGAAGGCUCACUUUCUGAAACUCCAAAGCCAGAGGAUGACGAUAAAGACGAAGAUAGUUUGGUCAACACUAAAUUGAAGCCCAAUUUCCAACCGAAGAAGAAGACAUUCACUCCUGGAAUAAGACCUUUCGUCCAAAGACCGAAAUCGAGUUAUACUCCUAAGAGACGUCUUCCAGGGGGCACCUCAGCCACGACUGUUACAAGAAACGAUUUCACACCAACUGUAACAGCUAUUCCUGCUUCAAGAGCGAAGUUUGGAAACAGGAGAAAUUCUGCUUCGAUAAAUCCGACAUCAUCAAAUUCGAGAAAAUUUUCGAGGUCCAAAUCGUCGAAUUUCGGAGGCAGAAGAAGUUCUUCGCGAAUACAACCCAGCUCAACAGGUUUCGGGUCAAGCUCUAGAAGAGGAUUUAGGUCUUCAUCCCCAGGGGCUAUUUUGAGAUCUAGUGGUUUACCUGGUAAUUCAGCAAGAUUUCGGAUACGACCAACAGCUACAUCUCCUCUAUUCAAAUCUUCAGUAUAUGCCGGUACCACUGAAUCUGUAGAGAACGAGAACGAAAAGAGUGUUACCACAGAAAUAAACGACGACAGCGAGAACGAAACCACUUUAGAAGUGAGCACGACGACAGAGUCGAAUAAAAGACAAAACCCACUAUUGAAACUCCUCAGAACACCAUUAUCUAGACCUCCAAUAAACGGAGGAAGGUCUUCAGGUUCGGCGAAUUCGAGGACAAAUUCCCUGAGCCGAAGCAAUAAAAGAACGACCACCACCACGUUGAAACCGAAAACAACCAGAACAUCCUCGUUCAGAGGAAGACCCAACGCGUUAUUCCCAAGAAGGAAUCUAUUCACCACCUCGACCACAACAACAGAGGCUCCAGAUGAAGAAGAAGAAGAGGAAGAAAUCGAAGAUGAUGAAACACUGAUUGAAGGGAAUGAGGAGGAAGAAGACAAUGAUUAUGAGGGGUCUCAGAAGCAGUCUGUUACAGCUAAGCCACCUCAAAGUAGUGGAGUACCUGGUGUGAAAAUCAGACCAUUCAAAUUCGGCAAGAGGUCGAAGAGAGAUACGUAUUCGAGAUUCAGAAGACCCACUCCAAAAUCUACCACCGCUGCUCCAGAAGAAGAUUAUCCAGAUUAUGAGCUACCAAAACCUAAACCAAAGAAUAAUAGAUUCACUCCCCGGUCCAGAAAACCAAAAACAACCCCUUCUACCACUCAAGCUCCUACCACAUCUUCCCGGAAAGGGAUAUCUCCUAACAAAGUGAAACCACAGCAACGAACCCAAUUCACACUGAGACCUGAGAAAGAGAAGAGUAAUUUUAGGAGACCAAGCACUCAAAGAUCGAGAACAACAACUACUUCGCCUCGUUCUAGACCUAGAAAUUCAUACAACAGUUACCAGACUGAACCACCUAACCACAGGAAAAAUUCAGGAAGAUCAAAUUCGAGAAGUAGCAGUAGACGAACGCCUAGUAGAGCAAGAGGCCCAACGCAAGACUUCAAUGAUAAUAAUGUUUUACCCUCAUUUGAUGGUACUAUUACUGUUACUCAUCAGAUACCUACAGAAAUAACUAUACCAGUAAUAAACGGAAAAAUUACUGAGUACAAAAAUAUAAUAACGGCUAAAUUGAGUACUGAAAUACUUGGUCCAUCUCAAUACUCUACCAGUUUGAACCCACUUGGUAAAGAAGUGACUGUUUUAGUAAGUGAAUCAACCAAUGUUGGUGGUAAUGGGGCUACUCUUAUAACUCAGUUCGUACUCAAUGAAACACCAACAACGAGUGUCACAUUCACACCGACGUAUAUAAGAAACAGAAAAACGUCUUUUUCGCAUAUAGUACCUAGUACUAUCUACGGGGUGGAACAGGUGGUGAAUACCAUUCAGCCAGCUCUGGCAGCUCAAGCACCGCUUGCUAACAUUCUCUUAUCCCAGCUGUUACUCGGUGGUCUUCAACCACAAAAUCCUUUACUGGCACUACAAAAUCCUGGAUUGACCCAAACACCAACAACAGAGUACCAAACAAGAACCACUACUUAUGUGACCACUGUAACAAGUACAACAUCUACAGUGAUACCUCUUACGUUCAGGGGCAAAGAAAUAUUGACCACUAUUGUAGAUAGCAGCGUGAAUGUUAUAACAGCCACAGAAUUUUUAACCGACACUAUCGUAGUCACUCCUACUAUUGGCUUCCCUGUGAACUCACCACAGUUGAACACUCUGCUGCUGCCACUUCUUCAGCAGCAGUUGGCACAACCUGCACCACAAUUGGUACCCCAAAAAAAUCCCAAUUUGGAACUUUUCCCAGAAGCUACUCUCAAUGAACCAGAAGAAUUCAAUUUGGCGUUAGAUGUUGAAGAUGAGGAAGAGGCUCCCAUAGUCGAAUCUAAACCUAAAGCGAAGAAGGGCAUCAAGAAACCAAAGAAAAUAGCUACGGUAGAACACCCCAAAGAAACUAGUGUUAUUACUUUAUACGUUUCUGGGAAGACUCCAGGAGAGUUUAGCACGGUUUUGUCUACAAUAAUUUCUGACCCUAGAGACAGGCAAAAAAGAGAGUCAGGUGAAGAAAUAAGACCUUCUAAGAUAAUUCAUGACUUACUGGUCAGCACCCAAGAUUAUUUAGAUACUUAUGUUCUCCCUGGGAAGAAAGAUAUCUUGAGUACAAACACUGAGAGUAGCUCAGAAACAGAAAGCUUGGAGAGUAUCCUCGGAGAUGUGAGCAAAUACUCGAUAAACACAAGUAGGAGCAAAUCUGUGGUAAAUCCAACGAAACUCAACAGGUUUACAGAAGAAUCCGAGGUGAAGAACUCUCAGUCUUCUGAUCAACACAUGUUGAGUAAUUUUUUAGCAUAGGACCUUUCUGAGGCUGCCCCACUCAAGCCAAAGGUCGAAACGUUGAACAACCCAAGGGGCGGAUCAUCAUCAAAAUCGUCAAAAAAUUACGUUUCGAAAUUGAAAGGCAACAAAAUUAAGUUUGAGAAUAAUUUAGAUAGUAAGAGCAGAACUAAAAGAGACUUGACUAGUUUUAAUAAUUAUAAACCGAUUGAAGGAAGACGCGGGAGAGUAAAGAAGAAGUUGAUAAGAAAGAAGCCAAUACAUGAUAACAAUAUCGAUUUCAAUAUACAAGAUACAACACAAUCGAGCACGGCGAAUCCAACCAAGCACAAAAGAAGACGAAAACUGAAGAUAAAAAAGAAGAAGAUUAAGCACAAAAUCUCACCACAAACAACAACAACAACUAUAGAUAUAUCUACCAAUCGUUCUAGAAGAAAAUUGAUAAUUACUCGAAAGAGGUUAUUGAAAUCUCCCGUAAAUACGAAUGAUUUAAAUGCUACUCCCGUCACCAAAUACGAACAAGAAACAGUGGCAACAACUCACCAACUUCAUCCUAUAGCCAGCCAAAAUGUCCAAAAAGAAGAUUUCAUUAUAACUGCUAAUAAAACGGAGUCUCCUGAUCUGGAAGGUAGUGACUAUGAUUUCUCAACUGAAUUAUCAGAUCCAGAACAAACAGAUCAUCCAUCAGAUGCAGAGAACUAUGAUGAAUAUAAUGAAUCUUCCGAAGAUUACGAUGAGGAUUCUACUGAAGAAUAUUACGAUUCGGUCAGUGAAGAAGAAGAUAGAGUAGAAGAAGAUGAAGAAGAAGAAGAUGGGGUAACAGAGGACGAAGAAGAAGACAGGGUAGAUGAAGAUGAGGUAGAAGAAGGUAGGAUUGAAGAAGGCAGGAUAGAAGAAGACAGGGUAGAAGAGGACGAGGUAGAAGAAGGCGGGGUGAAUGAAAAAAAUAACUAUCGUACUGGAGACCCAGUCCGUCACGUACCCGACUAUGAACCAUUCUUUCCGGAGCUAUCAGAAACGUUUGAAGCUCCAAUUUUCCUCCUGAAAACCACUAUCUUAUCCUCGAUCGAAUUACAGACGAAGACUAUAGUUCAAAGUAGGCUGAGAACCUACAAAUCCUUGAUUACGAAAGUGAGUGGAAGCGAACAGACUGUAAUAAGUACAACCGAAGUAAGACCUCACAUAAAAACAACGACUACAAUCGAAUCCUUGACUAGACUUACAACUCUGACACUAUUGGACAUCGACGCUACUACUUCUACGAAUGAAAUGAAAAUAUCUUCUAACACCGACUCCUACCAACAACCCAUAGACUUUGAUGCCUCAAAUAAAAAUGGAGACAAAAAUCAUUUCGAUGAGGCUAGAAAUUAUCUAGCUACCAGAGUGAUGUCGAAUGGGGUCGAAGUAAUAGUUGCUGGUGACAAAAGCACAAUACCUGGUGAACCAAAUGUGAAGAGAGUUCUUCCCAGCACAAUUUUCAAGGCUGUGACCCUGAAACCCAGCACGCUUAGUGAAUAUAUGAUGAUGCUUAUGCCUUCCGAUGCUUCGAAGAUAAGGAGCAUCACGUCAUCAUUGUAUCCAAAUAACAAAUUUGUAACCAAAACUUGUCUAACUACCUUCACGUAUCUCACAACCUACUUGGAGAGCGGAACUACAACAAUUUCUAGUCAUGAACAAGUUGUUUCUAACAUAGCCACAGAGGAGAGGAAUACAGGAAAGGUGCAUCCUACUCCUUCUAUGGGUAUAACAUUAACGCAGUAUCCCAGCCUAUCGGUUGGAGUAUUCCACACAACGUACACAUAUCUAAACACCUUGGUGGACGGAGAUCAACCACUGGUUAUAACUUCAAAGCAUACAGUAACAAACACCGUGACUGCUCCAGAUGAUUACCUAUCGCUCAUACAACCCUCAGAAGAAGUUGUACCUCAGAGAGAUACGAACACCUACUACAGCACCAUCAUGCUUACUAAAACCGUGAAAGAUGGCCAGCAAACGAAACUCAUGAGCAAAGAAGAAAAACUCACUCAAAUAGUAAUAACAGAGUCGAUACCACCCAAAGCUGCGUCAGUGAUGACUUCGUACGUAGCCUUAGAUGUAGAAGACGCUGGCGACUCUUCCACAACCGACCUUGUCAAAACGUACUACGUGACUUACACCUACUACAACACGUUGAUAGAGAAUGGAAAAACUAUCGUUCAUACGAAUGUUUCAACUUCAAAAGAUCUAUCGACGCAGAAGAUUUAUCUGCAAGAUAACAACGAAGUGACUCCUGACAAUGUCGUCAUAAUAGCCACGAAAACUUAUCAGACAACAUUCACUUAUUUCACAACGUUGCUACAGGAGAAUAAUGCUGCUACUCCUACUGUGGUCAGUUCACAUUCUAAAGUGGUAGAGAACGUAGCCACUGAAACGAUACAUCCAAAGCAGCUUAACGAAAACUACUGGAAGAUGCUGAAGAAGGAACUGAAGAACGUCAAGGAUGAAAUCAAAGAAACGGUUCUUCUCAACGAUGGACAAAGACUGGAAGUUACAGCUUUUAAAAAACCGAUAGAACCAACUAAAGUUCUCCCGAUACAAAUGACGAAUCAACCUGAGUUGCCAACGACUCAUGAGAAAAACUCUGAAACGUCUAACCCAAACGUGAUCACUGGUUCAACCAUAGUUUUCUUUGAUGACGAUCCCUUCGCUUCCACUUCACCAACGCCCACCCUUAACGUUCAAACCUCCAUCAAAAACAAGGCCACCACGAGUUCGGAGAUCAUCAAAAAGACCCAAAUACUCACGAGCAGUAGCAAAAUAAAGAAAUCGAAAACUCAGAACAUCAAGCCUACCAAAUCGGUGAGUCCUUCCAGGCCCAAUAAGAAGGCGGAAAAUUCGAAAAAGAAGCAAGCAACAAAACUUCCCAAACCAGAUAUCGUCGAGUCUGUUUCGAACAAUGGUGAUUUGUUAGGUUUGGGAUCGAUCAACAUCGAGAAUUUGAAAGUUCUGACUCCCGUGAUAAACGCAAUGGCCGGUCUGAUAGAAACCAAUCUGAAACCAAAAAGGAAAAAUACGACAGAAGUCAGUUCAGCUCCUAAAACCAAUAAGAAUAAAAUCCAAUCGUACUCAGAGGACAACCAGAAUCGGUCACCCAUCUACAUCCCUGUUGGAGACUUGGAGGAAUCCGAAAGUCAGAACAUUGCGAGUUAUCAUCUUCAGAAUAUAGUGGAUGGUAAAGGCAACAAAGUGAAUUUCAAAAAACCAACGUAUGAAACACCCUUACUGAACGGUGGAAUACCCAUUUCGCCUGGUGAAGUGAUAACUGCCAACUCUGAUGUUAUAGUGGGAAAACCAGGAAGGAUACUUCCAAGAGUUCCACCCAUACCGGUGAACGAGAAACAUGUCACUGAGAUAGCAGAUCUUAAUCCACCUCCAGUUACAAACGUUAGAGCCAAUCGUGUGCCGAUUCCUGUGAACCACGAAGAAUUUUCGUCUCCUAGCAUCCCAAACAAGGAUGAUUAUAUUGGUCCUCCCCCACCGAUCAACGGUAAACCAUACUCUAGAGGGGAAAAACAUAAGCAUAUCCCCUUAUAUCAAAAUGAAGAUCAUCAUCAUAAUUACAAUCGACCACAUAACCAUGUUAACAUCCCUGUUCAUCAAUACAACAACGCCAAGAGAAAUAAAGAUAACGCGAGGCAACCCAGCAUUCAAAUUGAAAUACAGAAGAAAUACGAGCAAAUAACUAAAGAUAACAUGCCAAUUUACACCCAGCCAUCACCAGCCCAUCACCAAGAAAACCACAUCCAGGCUUCGGUGAUAAAACAGCAAAUCGUCCUUCCUGAAGUUAUAGAAAGAUCAACUGGACAACCUCUGUUGGUGAACAUCCAACCAAGUCAAGUAGCUUUCGUAAACAUUCCGCAUAAUCGAACCACUGCAUUGAUUUAUGGAGGAUCCACUGAACCACACAGAUAUGGACAAUAUUUCGACGACCCCUCUCCGCAUUCUGGCUCUGACAACGUUGCUAACGAAAAUGUUAACAAUGCCAUACAAUACACUACUGGAUACCACAUGAAUUCAAAUCAAAAACAAGUCAAAGGCGUCAUCACUGUUGGAACGCAAGCUAUAAAAGUGCAACCCGAUAACCCGAACAGCAGAAUCGAAAAUAUUCAUUCUUCCAAACCACAAGGGUCAUACUACAAUGCAAAUAACCAAGAAAUCAAUGUUCAUGUCCCUCCCAUAUCCUUUGGCAUGAUCCAAAAUGACAAUGAGUUCAAUGCACAUGUCAUAAAUCAUGGAAAUGAUUUACAGUUGCAAUUACCACCUAUAGCUUAUGAGAUAACGAAGGCAGAUGGUAAUCAUAAUCCUUCUAAUAACGUCAACAACAACUCACAAAAAUAUACCAUGCUCCAGCCUAUAUAUUCCCACAAUGAGCAGAAGAAUGAUCAGAAGCAUCAUCAAGAAACUCGAAAUAAGUUUCCAGUGAAUGACAAGAACACGUUCAAUGACCACCAACAAGCUAUAUACUAUAUGAACCAUUCGCUGAGCUCCAACCAAAGGAGACCAAACAGAACAAAAACAAAAGUGCAAAUAUCAAAUAAUAUGAACGACCGUCAGCAAAACUAUGAGGGUGUUACUUUAGCAGAUUACAUGAUACCGCCAACUCUCAAACCAAAACAAUCAAAACCAGUUCCGUUCCAAAAGAUCUACACCAAAAAACCACCGAGCUAUAGACCUCGGCCGCAAGGACAAACCUUCCAACAGCAAUACAUACCACACAGCAAUUCUAUUCGUAGGAACAACUCUAACUUCAACAAUUACGGAUCGUCCAACGUCAAUGAUUUACUUGGUUCGGACUAUGACGUCAUCAGUGCUGAUGGUGAAGUUAUCCAAGAGUCAAACAGCCGCCCCUUGCGACCUGGAGAAGUUCCUCACGAAAUUUCGAGCCAAAAAACAACUUCUUCGCCAAUUAGAAAGAAUCACACAACUGAUAGUAGUAAAAACAGAUUCAAACUACCUUACGAGAAUGAAUUACAAGAAUUCAAGGCUCCAGUUAUUGAAGAUCCACGACCUUUCGUGAGGCCCGAAACGAAUGUGAACUUCAAUUAUUUCACUGAUUAUAAGGAUAAUAGUUUCAAUCAAAGUUCUAUAAAGAAUUUACUGAAGGAUGAAAUAGUGAGAAAUAAUCCAAUGAUCUUGGAGACAAUAUCAGAUCAUUCUUAUCAUAAACCAUAUGGUGCCUCAGAUCUUUCAUAUGAAAACAAACCACACGAUGGUUCAAGUCAUUCCUACCAAAAUAAGCCAUACGCUGAUUCCGAUGAUUCCUAUCAAAACAAACCAAAUCGUGGUUCAAGUAUUUCUUAUCAAAAUAAACCACAUGGUGGAUCAGAUCUUUCCUAUCAAAACAAACCAAACAGCGGUUUAGAUAUAUCUUAUCAAAAUAAACCAUAUGGUGAUUCAGAUAUUUCCUAUCAAAAUAAACCGCACAGUGGUUCAGAUCUUUCCUAUCAAAACAAACCAAAUAUCGCUUAUCAAAAUUCACAAAACAGUGGUUCAAGUCAUUCUUAUCAGAAUAGACCAAAUAGCAAUUCUGAUAUUUCCCAUCAAAACAAACCAAACAGUGGUUCAGAUAUUUCCUAUCAAAAUAAUCACCAAAAUCCCACAUCACUUUCCCAUACAAACAAACCAUAUAGUUCUAAUCAUAAUCAUCCGAAUAAACCCUAUUACAAACCUCAAACGUCAGAAAAAAGAAGGGAAAGCUCAACCAAGGGUCCCUCAAGGAAUAACAGACCUAUCGUUACAUCUCUGCCUAUCGAUCACGAAAAGGAUCAAACCGAAAAAACUCUCCUGGUGAUGGAAGACGUGAAAUCGACCCAGACAGAAAAACCUUUCAACGGAACACCAGCACAUUACAUAAUCGACGAAAAAACCAACGUAAAAACGCCGAUUUUUCAGCAAGAGGCACAAAGAAUUCCAAGCAGUGACUACUCUGCUUCCAACGAAAGGGAGCAUGUGAAACAAAAGAAAGAACAAUCAAAUAUGGAAAUUUUGAAACCACCACCUUUAUCUCCAACCCAGAAUUCAUUCCUCCAUGACGCACCCACCUCAAAACCGAUAGAAGUUGUGAUGGAGGGUGGCGAUUCCAAUAUACAGAGAAUGCCUGUCUUCAAUACAGCAUCUGUUCCUCUUCCAACCGUAGAUAUGAAACCUCCACCAGUUACCUCUACUGAUCGGGAGAUAAUAGGGAUGAGUCCCCCACCGAUAACAACAUACAAGCCUUUGUUGAAGAUGAAAUUGAAGAUUCCAACAUCGAGACCUGUAAUUCCUUCUCAAGUUAACAGUCUCCAGGAUCCCAUCAAGCAGAUUCAACGUAUACCAACCACCACUAUGAGACCAGCAGUUAAGAUAAGAACUAGAAGACCUUAUCUUCCAAGAAGAACGCUAAAAACCACAAUAGGAACGACUUAUAGGCCAAUCACCAAAGAAAACCGGCGACCGGUACAAAAUUUCUUCAAUGAUACGAAAUCUAGUGAAACUACCACACAGUUUACAACGACCAGAAACACAACACCUAUAAAGUUCACAUCCUCUACGUCUCAACCAAACAGAUACAUCGAGGAAAACGGAUCAGAUUCAAGGGAAGGGGUGCUCGCUUCUGGUGUUUACCAACAUAAUACGUCGACUUUGGGCCAUAAUAACAUCUAUUUCAAUGAAGAAGUCGCAGGUUUCGGUUCGGAAAAAAAGGAAGUGUCAGUUCCAGCUAUAGCUAGUGAAGAUAGAAUAAUACUAAACGAAGUUUCAAGAACCAAAGUAAUUUCACCAUCCAAAAUUGACAAAACCAGUUUGAAAAUAGUACCAACAAAAUUCAUCACACAUACUCAUACCUUGACGGUAACCAUCACCAAAACAACAGUGUUGAAGACACCUGGUUUGCCACCAGUAACUACCACACUCCUGGUAACCAAAACUGAAAAAUCUACUAUAGUAGAUACAGUAACCGAAUUCCAUACUUUACUCAAACCCACAAGUGUGGUAGAAACAAUCACCACCACAGUUCAGCAUGGUAGUCUGUAUCCUCCGGAUGUAUAUGGCCAACCCUAUCCCUCCAUUCAAAUCCAACCAACAGAAACCAUAAUCGGACAUAUAGUUACGCCAACAGCCACUUCUGACGAAAGUUUGGAGGAGUUCAUCAUCACUGAUACUGAUCCUCCUAUUACGUCAAAUGAAUCUCAGUCAUCUAUGGAAGAUAACGAUACCAUCUUCGUGGUGUUGACUGACAAGAAGCAUGGUACCAUUCUCAAAAUGCCGCCAAAUGAGGAGAUCCAAAGUAGAGACGAAAUGUUGAACACAAACAAAUUGAACGACGUAUUGCUCGCUGGAGUGUUAUCUGCCAAUCCACCAAGCAUCGAUACAGACACUCCUUUGGUGACAGACAGGUGCGAACCUGAAUGUAAAGCUUCAAGGAAUGAGUUGUGCCAGAAGACCAAUGGUUUGAUGAGAUGCGUUUGUCGUCCAGGUUUCGCUAGAAUGUUUCUGGAUAGACCUUGUAAUCCAACUUACACUUAUUCCUUGGAAAUUGAACUCGAUCGUCAAGGGAAGAAGAAAUUAAUUUACAAUGAAUAUUUGGACAAAUCGAAUAGCUCCGAGUAUAUGAGAUUGGCUGCUGCAACACACGAAGCUUUGGACAGAAUGGUGAUGCAGUCAGAUCUCAGAGAUAUUUACCACGGGGUUCAUCUCAAAUCGUUCAAACCAGGAAAAACUGGCGUGGUCAACAAUUUCUCUCUCCAGCUUUCAGACAACACUGACGAGAAGAGAUUAGAAGAGGUCUUCAAGAAAUACCUGCGCAGCAACAACUACAGCCUUGGAGGAACGGACCUGUUCGCCUCCAGGACUAGUCAGCAGAGCCUUAAAGCCACAGAUUUCGAUGAAUGCCAAAGUCCCAAAUUCCACGACUGCUCGGAAAAUUCCCAAUGUUUCAAUCUGAAGGGAACAUACACCUGCAGCUGCAAAGAAGGCUAUUCAGAUCUUUCGGAAAACGUAAUCUAUCCCGGAAGGAUCUGUUCCGCCGAACUGGUGGGAUGCGAGAGGUGCAACUAUCAUGGAACUUGCUAUUCAAGGGGAGACGACCAGGUCAUUUGCGAGUGUUUCCAGUGGUACAGCGGUGAAACUUGCUACAUCAAUUUGAAAGUGCUCCUCAUAGGUCUCAUUUGUUUGGGCUUGAUCCUCUUCGUUCUGCUGUUGAUCUGUUGCAUAGUGACCUGCUGUAGGAAGAAACCAACGCCAAAAAUGAAUACUGGUUUGAGCUUCUUCCCGCAGAGAGUGCCGCAUUCCUCGAAUAGAAGUACCUUGGAUCGGAGGGCCAUGAUAAGGGAUAGUAGUUCAGAGGAUAGCAGAUCAGAGACCAACAGUUUACCUUAUGUCACCAAACAAAAAUCGAAGAAACCGAAGAAUGCUUUGAGAAAACCUCCGCCACCAAGGAGAAUUGACAUGAAUAACAAGCACUCUCGCAUAUCUAACGAGCAGAAGGAUAGGUCCUUGACGGUGAUGAUUCCAAGGGCCAAGUAUCACCACUCAGCGCCUCCAGCACCCAAUAUGAGUAGCUACACCAUGUUCGACGCUUCCAAGUCGACGAUUAACAAACCUCAGAACAGCGAAUCGAAACUGCUGAGUUACUUAGAUGCAGGACCGUCACCACAGAAGGCUGAAGCCAAGAGGAAAUACAGCAGCCAGGUAAGUGAGUCUUACAUCGAUGACGAACCGAUGUCCCGAAAGACCUCUGGAGCUUUGGUAUCCGCUGGAUUUGAAGUUUCCGCCACAGUGAUCAACAAUAUGGGCACACUGGGUACGACCUGCGGUACAGAAGCUGAUAGAAGUGAAAACGCCACUCUGAUCCAGAAAAUAAGCGCAGAUUUGUUGUCUUGCGCUGAGACCCGAUCGCAGACCAACACUUUGAGAAACAUCGAAGAUGACGAUCUCGACCCUGUGGCGAAUUGGAUGGAUAUGGAACAAAGAAUGACGACUAUGUCUGAAACGCGGUCUUACGAUGAAACAACAAUUCCCCCGCCAAUGAAGUCACUCAAGUAUGAUUACGAUACCAAAGCCUCCUUGAAUUCGAACUCCCACUCUCAUCACCAUGACGAAGUUGCAGAACGGGAUCUAGGAUCAACAUUCCUUUUGCCCCACACACACUUGUACAAACCAGAAAGGGGAAGCGAUAUCUCUGGAUUCGAAUCUCUUUGACCACGACCCUAAGAAACUUGUUUCCUGCGAUGUCGCCCUCAUAUAUCAUGAGAGGAAAGAAGAAGCUACCUCUAUGAUCAUAUCGAGAGAACCUUCUUCGAUGAGCUCAGGCAUACCAACUGAAUUUUUGGCCAUAUUUCAAAUGUAUAUAUUUUGUUACUCAAAUUUUAUAUUAAUAAUAACUGGUUUAGGAUAAGGGAGCGCGUGCGAUGUACAUAUUUUUUUAAGUUAAUAUUUAUAAUAUUUUAGCCUCUAUAUUUGAAUAUCUGAAUAUAAUACAUUGAAACUAAAUUUGUAUAUCUGUUUUUAUAUAUGCAUUUUGUAAUUUUCUGUAUAAUCUAUAAACAAAUAUGCAAAUCGUACAGUUGAGGUGUAAUGCCCCAUGAUUACUCUUCGAACAAAUUCAAUUUUUUGUGUAUAUAAUAAAGUUUUUUAAUUAA